ACAGACUGUGUGAUUUCAAAUGGAGGGGCCUCAGAGUCUGGGCCCUGAUUGGUCUGGACAGGCUUGAAAGCCUCCAUUGAGCCACUCAGGAGGAAUUUGGGGGAAUAAUGCCACUCUCAGGAGGAGGAAUUUGUGUGAACCAUGUAAACAACUGACUCCUCACGUUGUGAGCUCUCCUCUCCCCCUCUUUUCUUUGCCUCCUUUCGGUUGGUGUGGUGAGCUCUCUGGGUUUCACCGCAUGACCGAGUAGUCCACAUACCAUUUUAAUAUUCACGGAUCAGUCAUGCCUUUGAUGAACUUAUCGGGCUCUACUUGGAGGCUGGUCUUUGGUGUUUUCCUCGUUUGCGCCGUAAUCCUUGAGUUAGAGGCACAAGGACAGAGGACAACACCAAGGAAAACACCUAAACAGAACAAAGCCAAACUAGUGAGAUCAACAGGUGAAGGGCCUCAAGCUGUGACAGCCAAACCAAAGCUCAAAGCUCCAGCUGCACAGGCCCCCCUCACACAGGUGCUAAAUAAAGGCAAGUUUAAGAAGAUUGGAGAAACCGUAAGUGUGAGGUCUGGAGACACUUUGGAGCUGAGGUGCAGGGGCAAACCCGUGCAGUGGAGUGUCCCUCCUUACCUGGAGGAGGAUGAUGAUGGGAGGCUAAAGAUCGUCCAGCAUGAGCGAUAUGGCACUCUGACUUUAGUAAACACCACGGGUGCAGACACAGGGGAGUACGCCUGUUAUCAAAUGUACUGUGAAGACACCGACUGCAGGAGGGAGCACAACAAAGCUGUUAAAGUCUUUGUCUUCUUCCCGGACCCACGGGAGUUAUUUCUUCCAUCCUCUAACUACUACGAGGUAAUACAGCUGAGGACCAACUGGCCCACGCUCCUGCCCUGCCAGGUGACCUCGCCCGAGGCCAAAGUGACCCUGCAUCGGGAGUUCCCCCCUGUGGAGGUGGCAGUGGACGGGACGGAGAUCUCCUUCGACGUCAAGAAAGGCUUCACCAUCCAUCGACCCCGGCCUCAUCAUGCCGGAGCUUUGUACUGCGUGGCCAGUCUGGGAAACCUGAGGCAGAGCUCCACGAAGUACAUGCUCAUCUAUGUUCACUACCCCAUGGCUCCUCCUGCUCCGGUGAUCCAGCUGUCAUCGAACUCAGUGGUGGUGGGGAACAACCUACGGGUGAGCUGCACUGUGAUGGGAGAGCGGGACGUGGUCAUAGAUGUAACCUGGGAGUACCCAGGACAACAGAUUGGCAGGCCUCUCUACACGCUGGAUAGCAUCAGUCCGGUCAGCGGAGGGCCGGCACAGCAGCAGUUUCAGUCGGUCCUCCUGGUGGAUGAGGUGAGAGACGUGGACAGUGGGACGUACACCUGCACUGCACAGAACCUGCAAGGAGUCAAAUCGGUGUCCACCACCGUCAAAGUGGCCCCCAAAGCCAAAGCCAAGAAACCAUGAAUGAGAUGCACACCUGGAGGGCUUCGGGUCAAGUGCAUGCAGUUAGAGUUUAAGGUGGUAUUUAAGUCAGCUAGCGACUAAAGCUUUUCACAAAGCUAAGCAUCGUCCUCCCUUUUAGGUGGGGAUGACUGUUCAGAAUGCACUGCAAAAUAGAAAUGGCGACAGAAAUUUUACAGUUCAGAUUAAUGACAAUCAACUGUUCAAGCCUGUUCAAUAAAGGUUUCGUUUACACUCAACGCUGCCUUUUUGUCCCCUUAUUUAAAACUUUCUCAGCAAAUAGAAAGAUUUCAGAUGUAAAAGAAGAAAACCAA